UUAAUGCUUUAGAAAAUGAAAUUGGUAACGAAGGUGUUUUACAAAUAUUCUACAAUAUAUCGAAAAACAAACAAAUAAUACAAUAUGAUUUGCUUAAUAAGCUAAUUGAAAUUUUUAAUCCAAAUCGUAAUCAAUUCACUUUAAUUGGUGUCUUUGAAAAUGUAGCAAAGAAUAAUCAAACAUUAUUUGAUGAACUUUUAAAUAGAUUAGGAAUGGCUUUAAGUAGAGAAGAAAUUGAAGAUAAAGUGCUUUCAAUAUUUGUAUAUUUGGUACAAAAGAGUGAAAAGUUAUGGGAAAAUAUAAUUAAGAAAAAUUGAAUAGAAUUUUACUUGAAGAAGACAUUAUGUUGAAAGAAGAAUUUUUGAGCACACUAGGAUCGUUGAUUCAAACUCAGAAAACAGACAUUAAACUAUACAAAGAAAAAAUAGAGGAAAUAUUAAUAAAUGAGCUCAAUUCGGAUAAUACUAAUUUACAAAAGAUAUGCAUUAAUGUAUUAUUAGUUGAAUUUGUACAAGUUAAUUCAAGUCUAUUCAAUGAAGUAAUAACAAUUGGUACAAGUUUAUAUUGUGAUAAAACAAUAAAAAACGAAAUUCAUUAUUUCGAAAAUUAUUGAAUGAAAAAUAACGAAAUUAUUCAUUAUUUACAUUUAUGGAACAAGAUAAUAGUGAAGUGAUAAGAAUAUAUAAAGCAAAAAUUGAAUUGGCUAACUUAGAUUAUAGAUCGAAUCGUGAACUAUUGAAUAAAUUAAAUGUAUAUACGAGUCAUGAAGAUGAUUUAUUAGAACCAAAUUACAAUCAAUUAAAAUAUGUAAUUGAUCAAGAUUUUGAAUUAUAG